GUCAGCAGGAGGCAGGCACGUUGUUUGAAGAACAUCAGGAAACAAACACAGGAGUCGGGCUCGUGAACGCGCACGGCCGGGGCUGCUGUUGCUAUGAUGCAAUGGCGACUGCGCCGUGGGAAGCGAGCGAAGAGUUGAAUGAGUUCCCUCCACAGUUGAAGUGAAGCAGCCGCGGACAGUCAGACAGGACACCGCCAGUGCCGAGGGAAAGACAGCAGGCACGGAGACACUAGCAGGGCCCCUUGGUACCACACUUCAUGGAAACACACAGCCAGGUGUGUCUGCUAGCCUCACAGCUAGCCGUGUCAUGACGGCUGGACAGAUUUCUCACACAUCUGUACGACGUUGCAGUGAGACGAGCACCAACACCCUGUUUGCCCUCCUUCGCUGAAAACAAGUGAGGAGGGGUUGUUGGUUUUAUUGUUAUUUUUGUAUUUCUGGUUGCAUUGUCCUUCUCACCGGCGACUGUGGACCUAUCAGUGAUUCCUACCAUGGCUGAGAGAACCUCCACCGGGUUGCUAACGAUGAUGUUGGAGCCCACGCCUGCUGUCGCUAUGACCCUGCCCGCGGAGGUCCGGGAGAAGCUCGCGGAGCUGGAGCUGGAGCUCUCAGAAGGGGACAUCACUCAGAAGGGCUAUGAGAAGAAAAGAGGCAAGCUGCUGGCCCCCUACAUCCCACAGAUACAAGGUGUAGACCCUUCUCUGCAAGUUGACAACAGGAUCCAGACCUCUUCCCAAGCUGUUCUGUCAGGUUCCAAACACAACAAGUCCCGGGCGGCCAACACCCGGGAUGAACGCUUCAGAUCCGAUUUGCACACAGAAGCCGUCCAAGCAGCUUUGGCAAAGUACAAGGAGAGGAAGAUGCCAAUGCCCUCCAAGAGACGAUCAGUGUUAGUUCAGUCUUCUGUUGAGGCAUGCACCCCGCCAGACACCUCCUCAGCGUCGGAAGACGAGGGUUCGCUGCGCCGGCAGGGACGUCUGGCCACCUCCACGCCCUACCAGGGCCACGGCCACGCAGCCGUGGAGCACUGGUUUAACCGUGUCAUCCAGGGUUCGUCCACCUCAUCCUCCGCGUCAUCCACCUCAUCCCAUCCGGGAGGGAGAUCCGUCAACACCACCAACACCACAGCCCACGCAGCCCUCAACGCCAACGCCGCAGCUACCGCACUGGCCGACCUUAUGGCACACACCCAGCUAGAUAACCACUCAGCACCCCCCGAUGUGACGGGGCUGUUGGAGCGCUCCUCGCUUCAUGCGGAGCGGCCCCAGGUGGCCUCAGUGCGGGGCAUUUCCCGGGGCAACAACCACCACACCAGCGUCAUGGAGACUGCAGAUGGCUGUGAGUGGCGAAGUGAAGGAUCCCUCAGUUUAAUGGAUGGUGUUCCAGUCAACAGUCGCGUCUCCUCCAAAAUCCAGCAGCUGCUCAACACUCUGAAGAGACCAAAGCGGCCGCCGCUGCGAGAAUUCUUUGUCGACGACUUUGAGGAGCUUUUGGAUGUCCAGCAGACAGAUCCCAACCAGCCGAGACCAGAAGGCCAGCACAUGAGUCCCCUGGAAGGAGAGCCUCUCGAGGUGGUAAACAACUGGCCUCCCUCCUUACCAGCAGCCUUACAGCGAUGGGGCACCACUCAUCCCAAGAGCCCCUGUCUUACAGCACUCGACAACUCUGGCAAGCCCGUCUACACGCUCACCUAUGGUAAGCUAUGGACCCGCAGUCAGAAACUGGCCUACACGCUUCUCAACAAGCUGAGCACCAGGAAUGAGCCUUUGCUCAUGCCAGGAGACAGAGUUGCUCUGGUUUUCCCAAACAACGACCCGGUGAUGUUCAUGGUGGCCUUCUACGGAUGUCUCCUAGCAGAGCUGGUACCUGUGCCUAUCGAAGUACCGCUGACCAGAAAGGAUGCAGGAAGUCAACAGAUCGGCUUUCUGUUAGGCAGCUGUGGUGUCACGUUGGCACUGACCACUGAUGCUUGUCAGAAAGGCUUGCCAAAAGCACAAACAGGGGAGGUUGCCACUUUCAAAGGAUGGCCACGGUUGCUCUGGUUUGUCACGGAUGGGAAACAUGUUGUGAAGCCUCCCAAAGACUGGCAUCCUCCAAAACGGGAAGCCAGUAAUGACAUAGCCUACAUAGAAUAUAAAACCAGCAAGGAGGGAAGUACCAUGGGGAUCACAGUAUCCAAUUCAGCCAUGCUGGCUCACUGUCACGCCCUCACACAGGCCUGUGGAUACACUGAAGCCGAGACCAUAACCAACGUCCUGGACUUCAAGAGAGAAGGAGGAUUAUGGCAUGGUGUUCUUACUAGUGUCAUGAAUCGGAUGCACGUGAUCAGCAUUCCUUACUCCCUGAUGAAAGUCAACCCGCUGUCCUGGAUACAGAAGGUCCACACAUACAAAGCGCGUGUUGCAGUGGUGAAGUCCAGGGACAUGCACUGGUCUCUGCUGGCCCAGAGAGAUCAGAGAGACAUCAGCCUGAGCUCGCUGCGCAUGCUAAUCGUAGCCGACGGAGCAAACCCAUGGUCUAUAUCCUCCUGCGACGCCUUCCUCAACGUGUUUCAGGCACGUGGGCUGCGACCUGAGGUGAUCUGUCCAUGUGCCAGCUCAUCAGAAGCCAUGACUGUCGCCAUCCGCAGACCUCCAGAAAUGGGUGUUCCUCCUCCAGGGAAGGCGGUGCUGUCUAUGGGGGGGCUGAGCCACAGUGUGAUCCGUGUGGACACAGAGGAGAAACUCUCUGUCCUUACAGUGCAGGAUGUGGGACAGGUCAUGCCUGGAGCUCUGGUGUGUGUGGUGCGGGUGGAUGGGACGCCCUAUCUCUGUCAGACUGACGAGGUGGGAGAGAUCUGCGUGAGCUCAGGUUGCACGGGCGUAGCUUACUAUGGUCUGCCGGGCAUGACCAAGAACAUCUUUGAAACCUUCCCAGUUAAGUCGUCUGGGAUUCCCAUCGGCGACAGACCCUUUACCAGAACCUCACUGCUGGGCUUUGUGGGGCCGGAUAGCCUUGUGUUUGUUGUGGGGAAGAUGGACGGGCUGAUGGUGGUCAGUGGGCGGAGACACAAUGCAGAUGAUGUGGUGGCCACAGCCCUGGCAGUGGAGCCCAUGAAGUUUGUGUACAGGGGGAGGAUUGCAGUGUUUUCUGUGUCCGUGCUGCAUGACGAGAGGAUCGUUGUUGUCGCGGAGCAGCGGCCGGACGCCUCUGAAGAAGACAGCUUCCAGUGGAUGAGCCGAGUCCUUCAGGCCAUAGACAGCAUCCACCAGGUGGGUGUGUACUGCCUGGCUCUGGUGCCGGCCAACACGCUUCCUAAGGCUCCGCUGGGGGGCAUCCACAUAUCUGAGACCAAACAGCGCUUCCUAGAGGGCGCCUUGCACCCCUGCAACGUCCUCAUGUGCCCUCACACAUGUGUCACCAACCUGCCGAAGCCGAGACAAAAACAGCCAGAGGUCGGUCCUGCUUCUAUGAUAGUGGGUAACCUGGUGGCCGGCAAGAGGAUAGCACAGGCCUGUGGGAGAGACGUGGGGCAACUGGAGGACAAUGACCAGGCACGUAAGUUCCUGUACAUACAGGAUGUGCUGCAAUGGAGAGCUCAGGCCACUCCAGACCAUCCUCUGUUCCUUGUUCUCAAUGCUAAGGGCACAGUGGCUAGCACAGCUACCUGUCUGCAGCUGCACAAGCGGGCAGAGCGUGUGGCCACAGCGCUGAUGGGACGCCUCAACACUGGAGAUCAUGUAGCACUCGUCUACCCGCCAGGAAUCGACCUGAUUGCCACCUUCUACGGCUGCCUGUACGCUGGCUGUGUGCCAGUCACUGUCAGACCCCCGCACCCCCAGAACCUGGCGACCACCCUGCCCACCGUCAAGAUGAUUGUUGAGGUCAGUAAGUCGGUGUGUAUUCUAACCACUCAAGCAAUAAUGAAGCUGCUGAAAUCCAAAGAGGCUGCCGCUGCCGUGGACAUCAAGAGCUGGCCCAUGGUGUUGGACACUGAUGACUUGCCCAGGAAGAAGAUUCCCCAGAUGUACAAACCCCCGACCCCAGAGAUGUUGGCUUACCUGGACUUCAGUGUUUCAACAACAGGCAUCUUAGCAGGGGUCAAAAUGUCUCACGCUGCCACCAGUGCCUUGUGUCGCUCAAUCAAACUGCAGUGUGAGCUCUACCCUUCGCGGCAGAUCGCCAUCUGUCUGGACCCGUACUGCGGCUUGGGCUUCGCCCUCUGGUGCCUGUGCAGCGUGUACUCGGGCCACCAGUCGAUCCUGGUUCCUCCUCUGGAGCUGGAGAGCAACGCGUCUCUGUGGCUUGGAGCAGUCAGCCAGUACAAAGUGCGGGUCACCUUCUGCUCCUAUUCUGUCAUGGAGAUGUGCACCAAGGGCCUGGGAUCACAGACUGAAGCACUGCGGUUGAGGAAUGUGAACCUGUCCUGUGUGCGUACGUGCAUGGUGGUAGCAGAGGAGAGACCCCGCAUCGCUCUCACUCAGUCCUUCUCUAAGAUCUUCAAGGACUUGGGGCUCUCGCCGCGCGCCGUCAGCACCACCUUCGGCUGCAGGGUGAAUGUGGCCAUCUGUUUGCAGCCCAACAGGUUAGGGAAACUGGCUGAGAAGGGCACGGCCGGACCCGACCCCACCACUGUGUAUGUGGACAUGAGAGCGCUGCGACACGACAGGGUUCGCCUGGUAGAGAGAGGAUCGCCACACAGCCUGCCACUGAUGGAGUCUGGGAAGAUCCUUCCAGGAGUGAAGGUGAUCAUUGCCAACACAGAGACUAAAGGACCCUUGGGAGACUCGCAUCUAGGAGAGGUCUGGGUGAGCAGUCCUCACAAUGCCACAGGAUACUACACAGUGUACGGUGAGGAGGCGCUGCAUGCCGACCACUUCAACACCAAGCUCAGCUUCGGAGACACGCAGACCGUCUGGGCGAGGACGGGCUACCUCGGCUUCCUGCGGCGCACCGAGCUGACGGAUGCCAGUGGAGAGCGCCAUGACGCCCUCUAUGUGGUGGGCUCUCUGGAUGAGACUCUGGAGCUGAGGGGUAUGAGGUAUCACCCAAUCGACAUCGAGACCUCCGUAAUCCGAUCUCACAAGAGCAUAGCUGAGUGUGCGGUGUUCACUUGGACCAACCUCCUCGUGGUGGUUGUGGAGCUGGAGGGCUCCGAGCAGGAGGCCUUGGACCUGGUGGCCCUGGUCACCAACGUUGUCCUGGAGGAGCACUACCUCAUCGUGGGAGUGGUGGUGGUGGUCGACCCUGGCGUCAUCCCCAUCAACUCCAGAGGGGAGAAGCAACGCAUGCACCUCAGAGACGGAUUCCUGGCCGAUCAGCUGGACCCCAUAUAUGUGGCUUACAACAUGUGAGGGCCCUGCUGCAGGAGGGGUCCGUCCUCCACGUGGCUCAUCACACAACGGGAGUCAGUGCGGCUUCUGUUGAAAGAAAGCGUGCUCCUCUUUCAGCUUGCCGACGGGAAACAUGAAAGAAAUGUGGAUGCAAAAUGGAGAGAAAUCCCAAGAGAAAUGAGAUCAACACAAACCUCAUGUCAGUUUCUCGCUGCAAUUUCUCGCCUCGACAAAUAAUGUUUUAAAGAGCGUUUUGGUUUUGUUGAAAAUAAUUUUGAGUUUGAAAGAGUGUCCGUCUCCAUGAACCCGGGACACAUGAUAGCAGCAAGGUAUAACACUACACAGUUCCAUUAACUUAAUCUACUUUGUCCGUCUCUAUGUUUUGAUUAUUACAUGUGUUUGCCAUACACUAGUGCCAUAGACUGUGCCAUUGCCAGUCGUAUGAUUUUUAAAGAAAAGUCUUACGUACAUCGUCGUCUAGCAGAAGUAGCUCUUCAACUACAGCGGCCCCCCCAGAAGUCUACCCGGGUUUUAGUGUUCCUGCUCAUUUCACAUCACGUUGUUAGUGUUGCAGCCACUGAGACGCACGCUGCAGUUAUUGUUUCAUUCAUUUCAGCAUCAGUCCUUUGAGUUUGUGGUGUCAGUAACAGGAUGUGUAGAAAUAAUACAUGGUUUGACAAUGUUUUCCUUUUUCUAAAUCAAAAAGUGUAAUAUAGUUAUUGUUUUAUCUAAACAAAAUGCAAUAUGAGUGACGUGAAAGACUCUGAAUGGGUGCAGACAGUAACUGCCCAUCCUUCAGAGUCAUGAGAUGGCGAGGAAUAUAAUCGUUGCUUUCCAUUAGCAACUUGCCAAAUAAUAUGAAUGAAGCCUUAAGUGAAUUUUCAGACUCUUUCCCUAUCCCAGCUUAACUUAAUUUUGUGAAGUUUAUCAGCUGUAUGAUAGGGAGGGGAAUAUGCAGAGGGGAGUAAGGUAUGGUAAAUCCUAUUGUACCAACAGUCUUUCAUCUUUCUGGCUAAUAUGGAUAUACUUGAUCGUAGCAUCAGCCAUAACAAACACACAUCCAAUAAAUGUUUUUUAAAUGUCUGUCGUGUUCAAUGUGUGUUUUACAGCAAAAGACUGGAAGACAUUGGAGCCGGUAUUGGUUUGAUGCAGAAUGUCAAAGCCACAUUUCGAGUGCCAUAGGGUUGAAUGAGAAUGGAUUUUUUUUUUGUGUGUUGCAUGUCUUGAUGAAGGCGAGUGUCUAAUAUGCUCAUAACACCUUGACCUCCCACAUUAUCACAUUGACGUUGUAAAGAUUCACUUCAUUGUAUGUUGCUUCUUUUCUCUAUGUGAACGUCCCCUCAGAAACAGGCUCCAGCCUGCUGUAAGUAUGUACAGGUUUUAUGUAAAUUAUUAAUAGAUGGAGAAGAUGACCACAUAACACAAAGACUGAAUCUGGUAUAUAUGUGAAUUUCUCCCUCACAAACUAAAAUGAUUUGAAACGUGUUCUCAUGUGAGGACAUUGAGAAGAGACGUGAAAAGCCUUGUAAACAUUUUUAUAGUAUGGAAGUGGGAGACCAAGCACACUCCUCGCACAAGGAGAAGACAGCGAUGCUCUGGUGACGUCCUCCAGAGCAAACCGUUGUUGUUAACAUAUGGAAAGAUACAUUUGUCUGAUAUAUGGUUAGUUGUCAUUAUUUUCAUAACAUGAUUUCUUAAUGAAUAAAAAAGUGCUUUUAACUUGAAA